CGGCCGCGCUGGGCAUGGAGCUGGCAAGCCCGCGCUGAGGCGGGACGCGACUGCUAGCAGCCAGCGAGAGGCUCUCCGGCGACCGGCGCGCGGGCUCCCCGGCGGGGCCAGGCAAACUUUUCUUUCUCUUUUGCCCCUUCCAGAGGCGCCUUCUGUGGCAGGCGGACCGAUCCUCGGCGUGGCGGGGCCGGGGCAGGCUGGACGCAGCAUGAUGCGCGCAGUGUGGGAGGCGCUGGCGGCGCUGGCGGCGGUGGCGUGCCUGGUGGGCGCGGUGCGCGGCGGGCCCGGGCUCAGCAUGUUCGCAGGCCAGGCGGCGCAGCCCGACCCCUGCUCGGACGAGAACGGCCACCCGCGCCGCUGCAUCCCGGACUUUGUCAAUGCGGCCUUCGGCAAGGACGUGCGCGUGUCCAGCACCUGCGGCCGGCCCCCGGCGCGCUACUGCGUGGUGAGCGAGCGCGGCGAGGAGCGGCUGCGCUCGUGCCACCUCUGCAACGCGUCGGACCCGAAGAAGGCGCACCCGCCCGCCUUCCUCACCGACCUCAACAACCCGCACAACCUGACGUGCUGGCAGUCCGAGAACUACCUGCAGUUCCCGCACAACGUCACGCUCACGCUGUCCCUCGGCAAGAAGUUCGAAGUGACCUACGUGAGCCUGCAGUUCUGCUCGCCGCGGCCCGAGUCCAUGGCCAUCUACAAGUCCAUGGACUACGGGCGCACGUGGGUGCCCUUCCAGUUCUAUUCCACGCAGUGCCGCAAGAUGUACAACCGGCCGCACCGCGCGCCCAUCACCAAGCAGAACGAGCAGGAGGCCGUGUGCACCGACUCGCAUACCGACAUGCGCCCGCUCUCAGGCGGCCUCAUCGCCUUCAGCACGCUGGACGGGCGGCCCUCGGCGCAUGACUUCGACAACUCGCCUGUGCUGCAGGACUGGGUCACGGCCACCGACAUCCGCGUGGCCUUCAGCCGCUUGCACACGUUCGGCGACGAGAAUGAGGACGACUCGGAGCUGGCGCGCGACUCGUACUUCUACGCGGUGUCCGACCUGCAGGUGGGCGGCCGGUGCAAGUGCAACGGCCACGCGGCCCGCUGCGUGCGCGACCGCGACGACAGCCUGGUGUGCGACUGCAGGCACAACACGGCCGGCCCGGAGUGCGACCGCUGCAAGCCCUUCCACUACGACCGGCCCUGGCAGCGCGCCACGGCCCGCGAGGCCAACGAGUGCGUGGCCUGCAACUGCAACCUGCAUGCCCGGCGCUGCCGCUUCAACAUGGAACUCUACAAGCUCUCGGGGCGCAAGAGCGGAGGUGUCUGCCUCAACUGUCGCCACAACACGGCCGGCCGCCACUGCCACUACUGCAAGGAGGGCUACUACCGAGACAUGGGCAAGCCCAUCACCCACCGGAAGGCCUGCAAAGCCUGUGAUUGCCACCCCGUGGGUGCUGCUGGCAAAACCUGCAACCAAACCACCGGCCAGUGUCCCUGCAAGGACGGGGUGACGGGUAUCACCUGCAACCGCUGCGCCAAAGGCUACCAACAGAGCCGCUCUCCCAUCGCCCCCUGCAUAAAGAUCCCCGUAGCCCCGCCGACGACUGCAGCCAGCAGCGUGGAGGAGCCUGAAGACUGCGAUUCCUACUGCAAGGCCUCCAAGGGGAAGCUGAAGAUUAACAUGAAAAAGUACUGCAAGAAGGACUAUGCCGUCCAGAUCCACAUCCUGAAGGCGGACAAGGCGGGGGACUGGUGGAAGUUCACGGUGAACAUCAUCUCCGUGUACAAGCAGGGCACGAGCCGCAUCCGCCGUGGCGACCAGAGCCUGUGGAUCCGCUCGCGGGACAUCGCCUGCAAGUGUCCCAAAAUCAAGCCCCUCAAGAAGUACCUGCUGCUGGGCAACGCCGAGGACUCUCCGGACCAGAGCGGCAUCGUGGCAGACAAGAGCAGCCUAGUGAUCCAGUGGCGGGACACGUGGGCGCGGCGGCUACGCAAGUUCCAGCAGCGCGAGAAGAAGGGCAAGUGCAAGAAGGCCUAGCGCGGAGGCAGCAGGCGGGCAGGCGGGCGAGCGCCAGGGCCGGGCCGAGCUAGAGCGGGCGCCUCGGCCCGGCCGCUGCGGACUUGGCCCGCGAGGGCUUUCCCAGGUGGGGGGAGGGAGGGGGCGGGGCCGCACGGCGCGGGGGGGCGGGGCCCUCGGCGGCCCCACCCCCGGCCCCACCCUGCGCGCCCCGGGCGGGAGCCGCGUGCGCGCGGGGCGGGGUGCGCGGCCGGCCGGGCCCUGGAGAAAUGAGGACGAGACGUAGCUACCUCACGGGGCUCCUUCCAGAGCAGAGACGCGCUUCCCUGGGGCUGGGCGCGGCCGCCGUGGAGGGGCUGGGGGCAGCCUGCCCUGGGGCCCCGGGGGCGGGCGCAGAACCGCACAGCUGGGACCCCAGGCGCGGGACGUGGAUGGCGCGGAGAGAAGGAUGGGAGGAGAACUGUGAAUUCUCAGGCCCGCGUCCUGGGCGGGGCGCCGAGCACCGACCAAACCGACACCCCACAUAUAGCAGACGAAAUCCUCCCUUUCUCCCCGGCCCCAUCCGUCUAGCAUUCCCACCGACCGCCGGGCUGUCACAGCCUGGGCUCCAUCUGAAGGGGCCUGGCAGCAUUUGGGGAGCGGACAGCCGCCUGUCUAGCCAGCCUCUGUCUCCACUGCCACCUGCUGAGUGGGUCCUCCUGGGUGGGGUCUUGGGGUGGGGUGGGGGGGAUUCACCUGUGGAGAGGGGAGAGGAGGCCCCUGCUGCUGCCUGCCUCUGCCCCUGCCCAGUGUGGGGCUGGUCCAGGAUUCUCGCCCAUCUGGAGAGCAGUGGGCUCAGGGACACCCCUGAGAAGCCCAAACCGGGUGGUCACCGCCUCAUGCUGGAGCUGCCUGUUGGAGGAGGCAUCACAAAGGCAAAACCUCCCAGAGAGUUUCCUUUUGGAAACUUGGAAACAGCCCCUUUUAUGACAUUUUCCAGGGUAGGGGGAAGGGGCACCGGCUGGGUUUACCGCAGUGACACUAUUUAUGUAAUGACAUCAGCUCCCGCAAGGCCCCUCAGCAAUGUCAACAGCUGGAAAGGGCCUGAACCAGCAUGGAGUCUGCAGGUUUCGAAGGCACUUGGGCCUGGCUUGGGGCAGAGGGCUUGCUUGAGCUGGGACGGGGUUUGCUGGUUCAGCAAAGUACCAGAGUGCCUGAGCCAUGGGUGGGCAGGGGUGCAGAAAUGACCAGGCCAUGUUGGCUUCCCCAAGAAAAGGCACAGAAGCUGCCGGGCCUGCCCCCUGCAGCUGUCUUGGUCUGGCCUGGGCCACACCUUGCCUGUGCCUUUCCAGACAGUCUCUGUGGCGUCUGCCCGUGCCCUCCACUGUGCCCCAGCCCUCCUUCGAAGAUCUCCUAGAGAUGCUGUCCUCAAGCAGGCAGCCCCUUUUGUUCUGACUGCCUCACACAGGGUCCAUUCCUGCGCCCAGGGGCCUUCUGGCUCCCUGCCUUCCUGGGCUCUCUGCACGGCCUGGGCCUCUGGCCCAUGUCCUCACACCUGGCGCACUGAAUUAGAGGCCUGGCGUCCCUCACAGUCAGGAAAUUAGUUUCACUUUCCUGGCCAGAGUUUGGCUGCUCAGAAGGGUCAUACCAAGUAUGACGCUCGGCCCGGAGGUAGUCUGGCUUCCCUCUGCCUUCCCCACUGCUGCCUACAUCAUGGCUGCCAUUUAUUGAGCACCUGCUGUGUGCCAGGCACUUUACCCACAUGCUCCCAGCGUGUGCUCAUGACAACCCUGUGGGACAGGGACCCGCUAUCACCAGCAAGGAAACUGGAGUACGCGUGCCCAAGGUCAUGCCUCAAAUUGGUGGCAGGACUGGGGCCCAGACUCCAGAGCCCGACUUUAUGAUCACAGGCCAUGCUGGCCCUCCCUGCAGUCCUGCUCUGCAGCCCGCCCACUCAAUCCCUGUGCAGGCUGUGAGGGUGCUCUUGGGGGAGUGGCCACUGAGCCGCUGGCCCUGGUUAUUGCCUCUUGAGGACACUGGCAUUUGGCCUGGAGAACAGGAGCCCAGCGGGGGGUAGGACAUAGGCACAAACAAUCACAUCUUCAGAAGAGGCAGCAAAGUGGUGGGGACACAGGGACGGACUCUCCAGACAGCAGCUCCGGGUUCCAGGAAGGCAGGCCUUGGCUUCUCCGAAGAGGUGGUAGAGGGUGGUUCGGCUGCCUGGGGGUGGUUGGAGAGACUCCAGGAGAGACUGGCAGAGGUGCCUCAUGGGCAGGGGGCAGACAGACCUGCCCUGAGAAGGGGAUUUGGCUUCCCUGAAUCCAGCCCAAGGCUAGAAGACAGGGCCCUUCUCCAAGCUGUCAGCGCCCCUCGGAUGCCCAGUGUGGCCCGCUGGGUGCCAUCAGCAUCACAAGGCACUAUGCCGCUGGGGCAGUUGUCCUGUUUCUGUCUAUGCCAGUGUGGUUUCUUCACCCUGUCCAGAAGGGCUGUGGCAGCUCCACAACAUCCCACCCUGGGUCUGGGUGUCACUGGUGUCCUGUGAGGGGCUUGCACUUGUGGUCUCUGAGGUCCCCUUAACAACAGAGCCAGCGUCACACCAAGCAACAAGGCAUCUUGCAGAAAAUUCAGCCACUCUCCUGCCCCUCCCUCUGGCUCAGCACCCCAAGGGCACAGGCUGCCCACCCAGUGGCCUGGCCCUUGGGGAAUGCAUCAGGGUGACCAGAUCCACCAGGCUAGGGGCCAGGUCACUGUUGAGAUUGCACGGUCAUCACGGGCUGCCUUCCCUAUCCACACACCCAGCCAGAACGCAGCCCAUCACUCCCGACUGCAGCCCUACCUCCACCCGGCCUCUGCAGUGAGCACCAUCCUUGGGAAAGCACCCCUCCUGCACUCCUGUGCCUCACUCCAGGGAGCAGAGGGAAAUGGGAAUUGAGGUGUUCCGGUUUGUACAGUUAGGAAGGGAUGUAAAACGGAACUAGAUUUUGAUUUUGAAGAGUGUAUUAACCAGAAUCGUGCUAUGUAGGUGUUUGAAGAAAAACAUACCAGAUUAGUCUUUGUUUUUGCAACAGAUUCCCCAGUUGUCCUCUUUCUUGCCAGCUGGGUGGUUCGGUGCCCCCGAUAGCUGGGUGCCUGCUUUACGGACGCGCAGUAAUGCCCAAGAUUUGCGGGGUGUGGGGGAGGACAUAGGGCUACCCCCGGGACUCACUGCAGGCUGUGGUCUGCCCACUGCUUCUGUCCAUGGAAAGCAGGGCAGGAGGCAGCAUCCCCAGAGGCAUCUAUGUGGGAGGGAGGGAGGGACACCUGGGUCACAGCCCAGGGAGGCUGGGAGCUGCUCCAAGGCCCUUAGUGACUUCCUGGAACUCUGCCUCAGUGGCGGCACACUGGAGAGGGUGCACCCCAGGUUGGAAUGAGACUGAACUCAAGAAGAGACCCUAAGGGACUGGUGAAUGGUUCCUGCCCCCAGGAAAGCGAAAGACGCUUACGCUGUCAACACUUAAAGGAAGCCCCCUUGAAGCCCAGAGAGCGGCCAGACUAGACUCAUUGAUGGGCCAUUGGGCCACGCUCCGUGGACAAGACAUCCCUGUGGGCCACAGCCACGGCACACUGGGGGGAUCAAAAUGUGUACUUGUGGGGCCUCACCCCUGCCAAAAGCCAAGUCAGUCCCACUCCUGCCAUUGGACGUUUCUUCCCCUUCCCUGCUCCCAAAUGCACUCCCCUCCUCCCUCGGCCCCCUCCUGUGUUUUGGAUUUCUGUUCACUCAGACUUGUAAAUGUUUAGUUGUGACCAUGACGUAUUGUUUGGGUCAAUGUCCCUUUCCAAUGCAUACUAAUAUAUUAUGGUUAUUAUAUAUGAAUAUAUUUAAUGACAUGGAAAAAGUUGUGGAUUUUCUUUAAGUUUCUUUCCUUUUUUGGGGGGGUGGUUAGAGUUGUAAUGGACCCAGAUGGAACUUGUAACGUGGGCCCCACAUGAUAGAACUAAAUUCAGAUAUCAUUAAAUAAACUCUUGUACACUG